UCGAAUUCGGACAGAUCGGCCGCGCGCGGACUCGACAGCCGAGCGAGCGCGCGUCCGAGCAGGGAAACGCGCGAAGGCGACGCAAUCGAUUAUUCAAGCGCGGGACGACGGCGACGACGGCCCAGUUUGCCGCGUAUAUAGCCGCGGAUCCGCGGCGCGCUGCAGGACCAGUCGGCCUUUCUCCUUCUCCGCGAGCGGCAGGACGCGGGCCGGCCUCCUGCGACGCCCUUGCCGCGGACUGCGCUCAGUCGCGGUGGUGCUGUUGCUCGAGAGCGUUGUGCGCGAGAGGCGGUCCCGCCGCGGCGACGAUGCCGCGCGCUCGAGCCCCAGUGCAGUCGCCGAAGUGAGCUGCGGCAGCGCGACGCGUCGCCAUGAGGACGCUCGGCUGGCGCGCGGCCCUCGCCGCCUGCCUCGUCGUCGUCGCCGCAGCCGCCGCCGCCGCCGCCGCCGCCGCCGCCGCCGCGUCUCGCGCCCAGGACGCCAGCUCCAACGAAGUGGCCCCAAAGCGCAAGGCGACAUCGCCAGUAGCGGCAGCUAUGACGAAAGAAAAACCAACCUCCAACGCAAUGACCGAGUCGUCGUCGUCGUCGUCGUCGUCGUCGUCGUCGUCGUCGUCGUCGUCGUCAUCGAGAGUAGUGAUAUGCCCGCUGGACGCGGCCAACGCGUUGGCCCGGCUACUGAGCGUGAGCUGCGAGAGGAACGCCGACUGUAACUUCUUGGGCGUCGAUCAUCGCUGCUGCAAGAAGAUCUGUAGGCGCGCCGUGGACGCUCCGCUCAAUGAACCUCCGCACGAAGACUUGCUGGGUUUCCGAAGGAAAUGCCCAGUGCACGCGUUCCCAGAAAGAUUGCCCGUGAAAAGGUGUGCAAAGGACGAGGACUGCGAGAGCGGAAGUAGAAUAUGCUGUCCCGACAAAAAAGACAACAAACUUUACUGUAGGACAGCAGCUCCAGUUUGGUCCGCCCUGUCCUUUCCCGAAAAUCACCAGACUUUCAGAUCGUUGGCUGGAUUUGUGCAGUGCCAAGCGGCUCCUCCAGUUGUCAUCGACAUAUUCGCACGUCCUUGCAAUAGGACUAUGGAUUGUUUGCCAAAUUUGUGUUGCCAAGAAGGAUCAAAUAAAGUUUGUCGACCGCCGAAAAGAUCUCUGCUGGGUCUGGCCGUUCAAGCUACUUCGGUGAGUUUUUUAAAUAUCUCUCAAAUAUCCCCGGUACUGGUGUGGAGAAACAACUGAAAGGGUACAACAUAGAGUGGAGAGACUCAAGAAGGGAAGGAAGAAGGGGAGAGAAAUAGGGGGAGGAAUAAUGGCGGUAAGAGAGAGGAAAGGGAUGAGUAAGGUUGAAUGGAAGAAAGAAAGAACAAGUGAGGUAAUAGUAGGAGAAAUAAAGAUCGGAGGGAGGAAAUACAUGAUAGCAUCGGUGUAUAUGCAACAUGAGAAGAAGGAAAACUAUGAAUACCUAAGCGAAGAGAUAGAGGAGAACAGAGAAAAAACAAUAAUUAUAGGAGGAGACUUCAACGCAAGAACAGGAAAUGAAGGGAGAGAAUGGGAGACAGAAGAAAACCUAGAAGAAAUAAAGGCCAAGAAUAAAGUGUUAAAUGCAGAGGGAGAAGAAAUGAUAAAAUGGCUAGGAGAAAGGGGCUUAGUGAUAACGAAUGGGAGAAAAGAAGGAGAUGAAGAGGAAGAAAUAACAUAUAUAGGA